AUGGCUUUGCUGGAGACGGUUCAUCUGUCCCACCUACCGCAAAGCACCCCUGUUCAUAUCGCUCUCUACAGAGAUAUCAAAAAUGCAAGUUUCUUGAAGGAACAGCUUAUAUCGGGGAACGUUGAUUUCCAAUAUGCCUUCAUUGAUGCUAGUGUGAUCUUGUCCCGACAACAUAUCUUUGCUGCUGUUUUCAGAGCUGUGCAUGAUUACCUGAAUGGACGACUGAGGUCUCAUAAUGUUCAUUCUGAGAUUGUUUUUUCUCUCAGUCCUACAAAUAAUAUAACUGAAUCAUUCCGCCGAUUUGGUAUAACGGAUGCCACCAAGGACUUGCUUGUAGUCAAGGUAUCAACCACACCAGAGAUUACACACGAUUCGGUGGCAGAACACCUUGCGCAGCAUGUAGAGGGCACGCUCGCUCCCUUUAACGACGAGAUUCUUGGCUCUAUAUCAGACCUUGCCAAAAUCAGGAAGACAUACAAAAUCCCUCAACCUCCAGCAAAAUCCGUCGAUAAUAAGGCAGUGAGCAGUCACAUUCAAAAGGAUUUCGAAGCUUCAAUUAUCGGUGCGAUCGCGCUUCGAGGCGCAACGUGA